GAUUCAAACCCAAGAUUCAAGACCCUAAGGGAUCUUUUCCAACAUUUGCCUCUCUCAGACAUUGUUGAUGUAUGGAAAGAAGGAAAGGAAUCAAUAAAUGAAUGUGCUAACAUUCUCUUGAACAAAGUGAAGUCAACAUCUGAUGUCCAACAACUGCAAGUUCAGUGCGCAUCUUUUUUGGAAUCUGAUAUCCAUGAUGGUGAUGAUGAUGAUGGUGAUGAUGAUGAUGGUGAUGAUGAUGUUGAUGAGGACAAAAAGUAUUCCAAUGUUAAUACCAAAAUAAAUAGCCUCAUAGAUGUGGGGAUCCUAAAAGAGGUACUUAAAAAUAAAAUGCACAUGCAGAUCUUAGUUGUUUUUCAGCACAUGUAGUUUUUUGCUCCCCAUUUGUUUGUUUGAGUAGAUGAGGAAAUACCCUGUUUGUGAAGUCUUUCAAGCCUUAAUCAUAUCAAGGUAUAAUCAAUGAUUUUUGGGUUUUAACAAGUUGAUGGAUUUAAUUUAUCUUGCAUUUAAGAUAGCAAGUGGCUUUCACAAGGAGUAGUAUCUCAGAGUGAAAGUUACGAGAAAAUGGGCAUGGAAGGACUUCAAAUCAAGCUUGCAAAGAGCCAGAGAAUUGAAUGUACAUGUGAAGGUCCAGUUUGUUGCAGAAUCUGCAAUUGAUGAAGGUGGACCAAGGUGUGAGCUCUUCUGCCUUGUGGACCGUAUGGUAUCAAAUGAGUUGAUGCAAGGAGAAGAUGGCCAAAAAACUUUUCUUCAUAACAUGGUUCUUCUUCAGAAGAAUGAGUACCAUCUGUAUAGACAGUGUGUAGCAAUGGCAUUGCUACAAGGUUCACCAGGUCCUCAAGUUUUUUCAGAGCUGUAACAGAAUACAUUUUGUUUGGAGAUUUGAACCAGGUACACCCAUCAAAAAGUGAAGUUCUUGAUUAUGAAGUAAGAAAGAAGUUAGAAGAACUUGAAGCAAUCACCAACCCUGAAAUGUUUGUACAGGAGGCAUCUUUCAAUUUCCCAGAGAGAUUUUCUGCUGGAUAUUGUAAUUUAGUUGUCAAUGAUGAAGAUAAAGAAGAAUUGAUAAGAUAUGGGCUCUUCACUAUGUGGUUUCGUGCUGUCAAGCAGAGUUGGAUCAGUUUAUAAAGGGUCUGGAGUUGCAUGGAGUUCUCAAUCCCUUAUGUGCACAUCCCAAUUAAGCAAAGAGAAUACUACAAGGCAAUCUAAAGUUGCUAAGUGCAGAACUGAUUGAUUAGAUUUUUCAACCUGUCCUUUCUCCUGUAGGAAACAUCAACAGAGACCAUGAAGAGGCAAUCUUAGUAAAUUUUAACCAUUUUUUUGAAGAAGUAGAGUAUGGACUUGUUCAUUAUGUUGGUGACAAGAAUGACUUGCUUUUUAACCCUUGGAAGAGUUCUAAGCUCCAUUACUAGGGCAACAAGCAUCCCUGCAGUGGGUUUCAGCACUGCUUCUAAAAAUUGUCUUUGCUCAUGAAGCACCAGUAGGAAGAAAGAUGACAGCAAAUACCUGUGCUAAUGCUAUAACAUUUCCUGUAAAUAACAUUUACAUGGAGUAUGAGUUGUUCAAGAAUGAAAUGAUCAGCUGCAUUCAAGACUGUCAGGGAUUG